AUGCCAGUUAUCGAAAUCAAGGAUCAGGAUCAGUUUACGAAUUUAACCACAGUGGAGGCCCGUGGUCAGCUGGUUGCACUUUAUUUCCAUACUGCUUGGGCUGAACCAUGUAAAGUUAUGAACGAAGUGGUCAGUGCGCUCAGUGAUGAGCCUAGUAAUAGUGGGAUCAAGUUUUUGUCGAUUGAUGCGGAUGAAAAUGCUGAACUUGCAGAACUAUUUGAAGUUUCGGCCGUUCCAUACUUUAUUCUGGUGCAAGAUGGUACUAUUUUGAAAGAACUAUCUGGAGCUGAUCCGAAGGAAUUUGUUAAGGCUUUGAGUGAGCACAAGGGUAGCAAGAAGGUCGAGCAACAACCAAGUGCGCAGGAAAAUGUGGCAGAAGAUGAUGAAGAAAGGGAAGAAGAAGAAGAAACCGAGGAAGAACUGAACGAUAGGCUGACAAAGCUCACACAGGCGGCUCCUAUUAUGUUAUUUAUGAAGGGUAGCCCCUCUGAGCCAAAGUGUGGAUUCUCGAGACAAAUGGUCGGUAUACUUAGAGAGCAUCAAGUCAGAUUUGGGUUUUUCGAUAUCUUGAAGGACUCUUGUGUGAGAGAGGGCCUAAAGAAAUUUUCUGAUUGGCCUACUUUCCCCCAAUUGUACGUCCAGGGUGAAUUCCAAGGUGGGUUGGACAUUAUUAAGGAGUCCCUAGAAGAAGAUCCAGAGUUCUUUGAACACGCUUUGCAAUCUAACUAA